CUCUCUGCCUCCCGAGUGGAUUAAAGGUGUGUGCCAACACCCAGCAACGGGGUCUCUUGCGUGUGACCCUGGAUGGCCUGGAACUCCACUCCUCCCCAUGCCUAGGGGUCCUGAACUGUGUGGAAGGACGUCACCUUGAAAGAGGAAUGGUGCGCGCCUUUAACCCCCAAACACGAGGCAGAGUCUGGUCCACAUAGUGAGACUGUCUCAAAAAUAAGAACAAAAAACCGAAACGGCCCUCUUCGGGUCCACUUCCUUCAUCUGGAUCUCCACCCCACAACCUCAGCUUCUUCCAAAGGAACUUAGGAACCGAGCUUCUUCUUUCUCUCUCUCCUUCCAUUUCCCAAUUCCCGUCACGUACUUUUGGUUCUCCUAAAAUUUCCUUUCCAUCCCACCCUUCCUUGUUUUCCCCACUCUUUCAUCGACCCCCGCUUAAUAAGAAAAUAAAGUCUUUAGCCUUGGUUCCCCCUUUCACUCCGUCUGACAGCUGCGGCUUGGUUCCCUCUCUCAUUCACGCCGAGUGGCGUUUCAGCUUCUGCCACCGGCCCUCGGGGGUUCCUGGGCUGCAAUUCUCCGGGCUUCCGAGCACUGCUUGCCUCAACAUCCCACACGCUGCCCAAAGCCCCACGCCGAGGUUUGCCAGGCGCCCCCAAGAUGGCGCCUGCUGCUUCGCCCCGCCUCCCGACGUCAUCGCGCAGCUCUCCGUUCAGCGAUGCCCUUUCGACCAUCAAAGGCGGAGUCCAAGGGAAAAAGGGCUUCAGAAACGUGAGCACCGAUUGGUCUAGCGGCAGGGCCAGACGGCCGGUGAUUGGACGCGUUGUGCAGUCGUCCGCGCGGUGGCCGAGGCGGAAGAUGGGAGGGGCGUUGUUGAGAGGGGGCCCCGGACGAGAGCGAGGCUGCGGAGCAGGCGAGACGACGGGCGCUAGAGAGGACGCGGCGCUGCGCGCUAGAGUGGCUGUGCAAAGGGAGCUGUAGUCCGCGGCCCGGCCGGGGGCCGGCUAGACGGCCGAGGCGGCCCCCUGGCCUUGCUGCUGCCAUGACUGAGGAGAGUGAGGAGACAUUCCUGUAUAUUGAGCAUCGCUAUGUCUGCUCUGAGUGCAACCAGCUCUAUGGAUCCUUGGAGGAGGUGCUUGUGCACCAGAACUCCCACGUGCCGCAGCAGCACUUUGAGCUGGUGGGCGUGGCUGACCCUGGCAUCACGGUGGCCACAGAUGCAGCAUCGGGUACAGGCCUGUAUCAGACCCUCAUACAGGAGAGCCAGUACCAGUGUCUUGAGUGUGGGCAGCUGCUCCUGUCGCCUAGCCAGCUCCUGGAGCACCAGGAGCUGCACCUAAAGAUGAUGGCUCCCCAGGAGGCAGUGCCAGCUGAGCCACCCCCCAAGGCGACCCCCUUCAACUCCAGCACCAUUCAUUAUGAGUGUGUGGACUGCAAGGCUCUCUUUGCCAGCCAGGAAUUGUGGCUGAACCAUCGGCAGAUGCAUCUCAGGGCCACGCCCACCAAGGCUCCUGCCCCUGUUGUCUUGGGGUCACCUGCUGUGUUAGGCCCGCCUGUGGGCCAGGCCCGCGUGGCUGUGGACCAUUCAUACCGGAAGGCAGAAGAAGGUGGAGCAGGGGCGGCUGUCCCAGCUGCAGCUGCGGCCACAACUGAGCCGGCGGCUACGGAGGUGGAGCUGCUCCUCUACAGGUGCUCUGAGUGCUCCCAGCUCUUCCAGCUGCCGGCCGACUUUCUGGAGCACCAGGCCACCCACUUUCCUGCUGUCCCAGAGGCUGAGGAGCCUGCUGCAAAGCAGGAGGCCCUGAUCCCCUCACCCGCCGAGGUGCCAGUGUCUCUACCGGAGCCCCUGCCAGCCUCUGAUCAUAGUUACGAGCUGCGUAAUGGGGAGGCCACUGGCCGGGAUCGACGGGGACGCAAGCCCCGGAGGAACAACGCAGAGCCCGGUGGAUCAGCCACCCAGGAGCUCUUCUGCUCAGCCUGUGAUCAGCUCUUUCUCUCACCCCACCAGCUACAGCAGCACUUCCGGAGUCACCAGGAGGGUGUCUUUAAGUGUCCCUUGUGCAGCCGCGUCUUCCCCAGCCCUUCUGGUCUGGAUCAGCACCUUGGUGACCACAGCAGUGAAUCUCAUUUCCUGUGUGUAGACUGUGGCCUGGCCUACGGCACAGAAGCCCUUCUCUUGGCCCACCGGCGAGCCCAUACUCCAAAUCCUCUGCAUUCGUGUCCCUGUGGGAAGACCUUUGUCAACCUUACCAAAUUCCUUUAUCACCGGCGUACCCAUGGGGCAGGAGGUAUCCCUUUGCCCCCAGCACCAGUUCUGCCGGAGGAGCCUGCUGUUAGCUUUCCUGAGCCAGCCCCUGCAGAGACUAGAGAACCAGAGACCCCAGAGCUCCCCACAACUGAGGAGAAUCCAGCAGAGCCUCCGGCUCCGGGCGUUUAUCGCUGCCUCCUGUGUAGCCGUGAGUUUGUCAAGGCAUUGCAGCUGACCCGGCACCAGCGUUUUGUGCACAGGCUGGAGCGGCGCCAUAAAUGCAGCAUUUGUGGCAAGAUGUUCAAGAAGAAGUCUCAUGUGCGGAACCAUCUGCGCACACACACCGGGGAACGUCCCUUUUCCUGCCCUGACUGUUCCAAGCCCUUCAACUCGCCUGCCAACCUGGCCCGCCAUCGGCUCACACACACAGGGGAACGACCCUACCGGUGUGGGGACUGUGGCAAGGCUUUCACUCAGAGCUCCACUCUGAGGCAGCACCGCCUGGUGCAUGCCCAGCAUUUCCCCUACCGCUGCCAGGAGUGUGGACUGCGUUUCCACCGUCCUUACCGUCUGCUCAUGCACCGCUACCACCACACAGGCGAGUACCCCUACAAGUGUCGGGAGUGCCCCCGCUCCUUCUUGCUGCGCCGGCUGCUAGAGGUGCACCAGCUUGUGGUCCAUGCUGGGCGCCAGCCCCACCACUGCCCAUCCUGUGGGGCUGCCUUCCCUUCCUCACUGCGGCUUUAUGAGCAUCGCUGUGCAGCCGCCGCUGCCCAGGCCCCACGGCGCUUUGAGUGUGGGACCUGUGGCAAGAAAGUGGGCUCUGCUGCUCGACUGCAGGCCCAUGAAGCUGCCCAUGCUGCCGCUGGCCCUGGAGAAGUCUUGGCUAAGGAGCCCCCGGCGCCCAGGGCCUCUCGGGCCACUCGCACGCCGGUCACUCCCUCCCCAACAGCCCUCAGUGGCACAGCCUCUGCUGCCCCUGCGGCUCCUGCCCGGCGGCGCGGCCUGGAAUGCAGUGAGUGCAAGAAGCUGUUCAGCACAGAGACGUCACUGCAGGUGCACCGACGGAUCCACACAGGUGAGCGGCCGUACCCGUGUCCAGACUGUGGCAAGGCCUUCCGCCAGAGUACCCAUCUGAAGGACCACCGGCGCUUACACACAGGUGAGCGGCCCUUUGCCUGUGAAGUGUGCGGCAAGGCUUUUGCCAUCUCCAUGCGCCUGGCAGAACAUCGUCGCAUUCACACGGGGGAACGGCCCUACUCCUGCCCGGACUGUGGCAAGAGCUACCGCUCCUUCUCCAACCUCUGGAAGCACCGCAAGACUCACCAGCAGCAGCAGCAGGCUGCCGUGCGGCAGCAGCUGGCAGAGGCGGAGGCCGCUGUGGGCCUGGCCGUGAUGGAGACUGCAGUGGAGGCCCUGCCCCUUGUGGAGGCCAUUGAGAUCUACCCUUUAGCAGAGGCUGAGGGGGUUCAGAUCAGCGGCUGACUGGCCCCCACUUUCCUCAGUAUCACCAACCCCUGAUGCUGAACACCUCAAACAGCCCCUUAAAACCUGUGUACAUAUUGUGCUCCUCUCUCCCCUCUACCACCAUAUAAGUUCUGUAACUAAAUUUAUUCUCUUUUCUGAGGGUGUUGCUCUGAGGUCCUUGACACAUAAAGGACCCCUCCCCCUCUCCCCACCUUCCACCAGUUUGGUGGUCUCAAAAUGAAGCAGUCAAUAAAGACUGAGUUGGACAUUUA